UGUCUGUUAUAUGUGGCAGUGUGCAACGAGCUGGCGAAGGGCGUGAGCGCCAUCUUGGACUUCACGUGGACGGGGUGGAACGCCGUGUGGAACAUGAGCGCGUUCGCAGGCGUGCCGUACGUGCGCGUGGACGUGACGGUGUCGGGCUUCGUGGCGGCCGCGGAGAACUUCUUGUCGGAGCGCGCCGCCACCGACGCCGCGCUCAUCUUCCACACGGAGCAAGAACUCGACCAGACCCUCUACUAUUUAAUUGGCACAUCUAUCAUACGAGUGAUAGCGUUGAAUGGAUUGGAUUCAGAAACUUCUGAUCGUCUAAAAAGAAUGAGGCCGACUCCAUCCUACUACGUAAUUUUUGCCACUACGGAGAAAAUGAAAGUUCUGUACGACAAGGCUUUAAAGGACAAUUUAAUUAACAGAGAAGAAAGAUGGAAUUUAGUUUUCACUGAUUUUGAAUACGAAAAUUUUGAUAAAACUUCUCUCCUUAUGGCACCAAGUUUAUUGACCAUGCGACGAUCGUUUUGCUGUAACAUUCAACGAACAUCUCCUGGAUGUAGUUGCAGAGGAGUACAGAUAAUGAAUUCUUACCUUCAACAAGUCACCGAUGUGAUUGUUGGCGCGAUGCAAGAGAUGAAAGAGUCGAAAAUGGAUAUAUCCCCGCAACCUCGACCUUUCGGAUGCGUUGGAGGUGAAAAAGAAAAAUCCAAUCAAAACGCAGAUUUCCUCAAAAAUCUGGAAGGGGGUAUUCCAUGGUCUUACUUAGUCCGUGAUCCAGAAACAAAUCAAGUAAAGAAGGAUGACAGUGGAAAUCCGAUUUGGGAGGGAUAUUGUAUUGACUUGUUAAAAAAAUUAGCCGAAAAGAAUUACAUGGAUUUUGAUUAUGAAAUAGUGGCACCUGAAAACGGAUCUUUUGGAAACAGAAGACCUGAUGGCACUUGGGAUGGUUUAGUAGGAGAUCUGGCUAUGGGUGAAACAGAUAUGAUUAUUGCUCCUCUGACAAUGACUUCUGAGAGAGAAGAAGUGAUUGAUUUUGUUGCCCCUUACUUUGAUCAAUCAGGAAUAUCAAUUGUUAUAAGAAAACCAGUUCGAGAAACAUCGUUGUUCAAGUUCAUGACAGUUCUACGGCUUGAAGUGUGGCUGAGUAUUGUUGGUGCACUCACAGUUACUGGAUUUAUGAUUUGGAUCCUUGACAAAUAUUCACCAUACAGUGCUCAAAACAAUAAAGAAAUGUACCCAUAUCCUUGCAGGGAAUUUACUCUAAAGGAGAGUUUCUGGUUUGCUUUGACAUCUUUUACUCCUCAAGGUGGUGGUGAAGCACCAAAAGCUCUCUCUGGAAGAACAUUAGUUGCUGCUUAUUGGCUUUUUGUUGUUUUAAUGUUGGCCACAUUUACUGCCAACUUGGCUGCCUUUCUUACUGUGGAAAGGAUGAAGUCUCCUGUACAAUCACUUGAGCAAUUGGCACGGCAAAGCAGAAUUAACUACACUGUUGUAAAGGACUCUGAUACUCAUGAAUACUUCAAAAACAUGAAGAAUGCUGAGGAUGUACUCUAUGGGGUGUGGAAAGAUAUUACGCUUAAUAGUUCUAGUGAUCAAUCUAAAUACAGAGUUUGGGACUAUCCCAUCAAGGAGCAGUAUGGACACAUUCUUCAAGCUAUAGAAUUGGCAGGAACAGUACCAAAUGCUUCAGUAGGCUUCCAAAAGGUAAUUGACCAAGAAGAAGGAAAAUUUGCAUUCAUUCAUGAUGCUGCACAGAUUCGGUAUGAGGUCACAAGAAACUGUAAUUUGACUGAAGUGGGAGAGAUGUUUGCAGAGCAACCUUAUGCCAUAGCUGUGCAGCAAGGCAGUCAUUUACAGGAGGAAAUAAGUAGAAAGAUUCUAGACCUACAAAAAGAUCGUUAUUUUGAAUCACUCACUGCUAAGUUUUGGAAUUCUUCUGCAAAAGGAGUCUGUCCAAAUUCAGAUGACAGUGAGGGAAUAACUCUUGAAAGUUUAGGUGGUGUAUUCAUUGCUACAAUAUUUGGAUUAGCCCUGGCUAUGGUGACACUAGUGGGAGAAAUAUUUUAUUAUAAACGAAAGAAGCGAAAUAUGGUUCAUACAACGGAUUCUACAUUAGAACCAAAGAAGCAAAUCACAAUUGGGAAAGAAUUUCGUCCAGCAUUGGAUAAAGCAAUGCCUCGAGUAUCCUACAUAUCCGUUUUUCCAAGAAACCAACUUUAUUGAUUUCAUUAGUGUAUCAAAUGAAAAAAAACCUGUUUUGGUUCAUUGCUGCUUUGCAAUUACAUCCAUAGUUAACUGAUCAUUAUUUAUACAUUAAUAUUGACAUCAAUAUUACAAUAGAUCUCAUAUUUUUCUUUUUAUAUAAAUUCAUACACAUUAGUCUUGUAAGCACCUAUUUCAUUGGUGUGCUUAGUUUUAUAAACUGAGUUUUUUGUUCUCUGAUUUACUUGAAUAAAACCUACUAUAAAAUGACUUGGUCAUUUUUCAAUUCUUUGGCUAUUUGAAGUUCAAAGUAUGGUAAUGGAAUAUGUAGGGCCUACUUCUUACAUUCAUUUCCAGUGAUAUUUUGAUUUAGACCAUGUGUGAAGAUUUUUCUUCUUUAAAUUAAUUACGAAAGCUCUUUUUAAUUUCACUGGUAACUUGCAUUGUUUAGACAUUCCUUUUAACUUCUUACUAGAAAUAAUUAAUUGAAAAUGUGUGAUGUGCAUUGUGCAAAUUGAUUAUUUUUCAGUAUUAAAAGAAAUCAAACAUUUAGAAAUAUAAUCAGACAAAAUUUGAAAGAAAUAUAUUUGAUUGUGUUAUAUUGUAUAGUAAUAUUUAUUAAAAAACAUGCAUUUGCUUGAAUGGAAUGUGGAUUUUGGGACCACCUAUACUGUAAUAAUUAAAAUUGUACCAUAACUAUAAAGUUAUUUUUAUAUAAUAACAUUGUAAUUGUCACACUAGUGACAUCAACUGACUUGGUGCCUCUAUUCAGACCUAACAUGGAUGCAAAAAUAGCUCUCUAGACUAGUGUUGACAUUGGAUAACUCAUUAACUCUCUUAGAAAUUUCCAUAGGGCUGAAUUUGAUGAAGUUUUGCAUCUUUGUUAAUAUAUGGUGGUGUGAGUUAAAAUAGCACAAAAUAGAAGAUACAAUGUCUGUGGUAGUUAUUUUCAUGUCUAUAAUAAUAAGGUUUUCAUGAAAGGUGUUAUUUUACCUAGAAUAAUGUAGUAACUUCAUAUUCUCAGUUAACACAUAAAUAUGACUGUAAAAACACUUUGUUACCUGAAAUAACACUGUUAAAAACUUGUAUUUUCUGGAGAUGUUUUCAAUAUACAACUUUUGCUUUUAACCCAAAAUAUUAUUAGUGUGCAACAUUUUUAUAUUUUGAGAAAUGUGCUCUUGAAAUGUAAAUAAGAUUCCUUUUAAAAAUAAAUUAUAUGACAGAAUGUUGUUGGAUAAACUGUGAAAAUUAGAAAUUAAACCUGAUUAAAGUGUGAGUAGUUGGUACAGGUAACACAACUGGAAAAUAAAACUUGCAAGUUCAAAUGGAUAUUUUCU